AUGUUGAGUGUGCUACUAGAGUACACGUUGUGGUAUGUGGCGUUCGUGCAUCCCCUCGUGAUGGGAACGCAGUUGUGUCGCCGUGCGCGAGAGGGGAGGUCGGUGGACAUGAGGCUUGUCACGAAUGUGACGCUGGCUAUGGUCAUUCUGUGGGUGCUGGAUAUUGCGGAUGUGGUUCUUCUCUCGUACCUUCUGUCGAUGCGAUCUCUAUACCUGUGCCUGCGUAUUUUACUGUCCAUGUACCUAAUUCACCCAAAGUUACGCGGCGCAACAAAGGCGUACAGCCAUUUCUUCGACGCCAUCGUUCGCUACUACGCGCCGGUCGUGGACGAGCUCGUGACGCGGCAUCUCGAGGAGCUGGAACGAACGGGUGUCGCACAAUACCUUGGCAAGCUCUACCUCUGUUUGGUGGCUGUGGCCGCGGAUGUGUUAGACAUAGCCAAGGAAUUUGUGGUGGCAUCGACGGACACAAAUCUUUCACCGGAAAAGACGGAACAACGAAAAACGCCGCUAGUCGGAGUUGAAAGAGGUGCACCGAUGCCUCGAGUUUCGCCGAAGGCAAAUGACGGUUUCUCGCGGGAGAGCAGCAGUUUGUUCGGCUUCAUAAAAUCCAGGAAGCACACCCCAAAUCGGUGGGAGUCGCCGCCCCCGAAUGCAGACGUUGGGUUCUGCGUGAGUCCCCGCCUCUCAGCGGAACAAGUGGUCUAUCCGGCGCCACGGAAGCGCAACCCUACAGAUUGA